CUAUGCCCAAAGAAUACAUUUAGUUGUAACUUCGCGUUGUUUCUAUUUUCUCAACUUUGUUGAUUGUUCACGCUUGUUGGUGUAUAACUAGUUGCUAGCAUGGCUGAUGAGGAGUAUGAGGGAGAUGAAGGUGCAGCUGACUUUGAUGAUGUUGAUGAAGAAGAGAAUCUUGAGGAAAUUGAUCAGCAAGAGGAUGAAGGAGAGAACAUAGAUAUUUUGGCACCUGGAGAUGCAAAAGGUGGUGUGCAAAAAUCAAAGAGAAUAACUACAAGAUACAUGACAAAGUAUGAGAGAGCAAGAGUAUUGGGGACGCGAGCACUACAAAUAGCCAUGUGUGCUCCCGUGAUGGUGGAGUUGGAUGGUGAAACAGAUCCAUUGCAAAUUGCAAUGAAAGAAUUGAAGCAGCGGAAAAUACCUAUUAUUAUUAGACGCUAUCUUCCAGAUAACAGUUAUGAAGAUUGGGGAAUAGAUGAACUGAUUAUAAUUGACCACUAGUACAUAAUUCUUUGUAUUCAUUCCUUUACUUUUAUUGUAUAAAAUGUUUAAUUAAAAGUUUUUAAUAGAA